AUGGAGGAUCACAGCCAAGCCGUUGAAAGAGUGCGCGCCCGCAUGCAACACUUCUACGCCAACAAGAAGCCCUUUCGCGUCUACCACGGCAGCACAAACAGCACGCGUCACGCUGAGUUCGACCGCGAUGCCAUUGUGGAUGUCAGUUCUCUCAACAAGAUUCUUUGCAUCAACCAUGCACGGAAAACUGCGUUGGUGGAGCCCAAUGUCCCCAUGGAUGCUCUCGUUCGCGAGUCCAGGAAGCAUGGCCUGCUACCCCCAGUCGUCAUGGAAUUCCCGGGCAUCACUGUAGGCGGAGGUUUUGUGGGCACAGCAGGGGAGAGCAGCAGCUUCAAGUACGGCUUCUUCGAUCGCACGGUCUUGAGUGCGCAGGUUGUGCUUGCGGAUGGGACGUUGGUAACGACAUCGCAAGAUGAGAAUCAAGAGUUGUUUGAUGGGCUGAGAGGAAGCUUUGGGACACUGGGAGUGCUGACCAUGGUUGAAAUGCAAUUGAUACCAUUGAAGCACCUGGUUGAGCUUACUUAUCACCCAACCUUCUCCUUUGAGAACGCGAUGGGAAAGUUGCGAUAUCAGAUGGGUGAAGAGAGUAAUGACUACCUCGAUGGCGUGCUCUUCUCCAAAGGUUUUGGCGUCGUGGUCACAGGGCGAUUGGUGGAUCCAAACGAAGCAUCGCAGAACUUACCUCUCCGUCGCUUCUCGCGCCCCUGGGACGAGUGGUUUUGGAUUCACGCCAAAAAGCUUGCCUCUAAAGGCAUCAUGUCAAAGGAGAUGGUACCAGUAGAGGACUACCUCUUCCGCUACGACCGUGGCGCCUUCUGGAUGGGAAUGUAUGCAUACCAGCACUUCAAAGUACCCUUUACUUGGCUCACCCGCCUCCUGCUCGACUACUUGAUGCACACACGCAUCAUGUAUCAUGCCCUACACGCCUCCGGGUACACGGACCGAUACAUAAUCCACGACAUUGCAUUCCCAGCCGCCAACGCAGCCUCGUUUGCAGAGUAUCUGGACAGCAAAUUCGAGAUGUACCCGUUGUGGCUGUGUCCACUCAGGGCGGAUGGCCGAAGCUCCAUGGGACAUGCGCGAGCAUUCAAAGGCCGCGUGGACGGAAGUGCUGCAAAGGGUCCAUAUGAAGGUGCCUACAUCAACAUUGGCGUCUGGGGCCCGUACCCGUCCAACGAAACCGAAUUCGUUGGCGCAAACCGCGAGAUCGAGGCCAAGAUGCACGAACUCGGUGGACUGAAAUGGUUAUAUUCGCGCGUCUUCUACACCGAGGAGGAAUGGUGGCGCGUGUACGACAAGCCCAGAUACGAUGGGCUGAGAGAGAAGUUCAAUGCGACGUCUUUGCCGUCGAUUUGGGACAAGGUCAAGGAUCGGGGCCGGAAAGAGGAUUCGGGCAAGGGCUUGAAGGCGAUGCUGAAGAAGAUUGUGCGGGGCAACCUGUUUUUGAGUGGAUUGUAUGGGGUGUACAAGGCGGUGAGAGGUGGAGACUAUAUGCUGAAGACGAAGGAGACGUGA